GUGAUUUUAGUGAAUGUCACUUUUUGUCAUUUUUUAAUUUCCCGCCAUUCCAUCCCCCUGUACGUCCCAAUGCUCAAAGGGGACGGAACCCAGAUGACAGAUGCCGGCAUCCGCCAGAUUACAUUGCCGGGGACGCUGCAGGAGGGACAUCGCGGGAGCGCAGGACAAGGUGAGGGAUCGUGGAGCAGCGCCUCAUAGUAAUCCCGUGUGUUGCUCGGGGUUACCGCUUGUGGUACUGAAACUUUACUCCGAGCUACACUCGGGAAUACGCCAGGGAGGUUAAAAAUUGCUAGUUAGGGGUUUAUUUACUAAAGCUGGAGAGUGAAAAAUCAGGCUCAUUUCUGCAUAGAAACCAAUCAGCUUCCAGGUUUUAUUGACAAUGCUUAAUUGAACAAGGUGAGGUUAGAAGCUGAUUGGCUCCCAU